UAAAAGGGAAUGGCGGGACCACCACAGCUAUGGCCACUGUGUCUGUAGAGGUGCAGUGUUCUUUGUAUGAAUCAGUCUGAUCAUCCUAGAAUUAUCAUCGUUUCCUCUUGCCUUGAUGUUAAAACUGCUAGCAGAUAAUGAUGAGCGUGGGUAAAAACACUCCCUGAGACAAGGCAGUUCCUAAAGAUCGUGGGAGCUAAGCCCCUACUGGCCCUUCAGAAAACAGCUACGAGAAAGUAAGCCCUCAGCCCGGCGCUGGUCUCCGCAGUCGGCGGUGACGUCAUCACCGCGCGCCUAGUAGAAGGCAGCGCCCUAAGGAAGUGGAAGGGGAUGUUGAGUCGACUGCAGGAGCUCCGCAAGGAGGAGGAAACCCUGCUGCGUCUAAAGGCGGCUCUACACGACCAACUGAACCGCCUCAAGGUUGAAGAAUUAGCCCUUCAAUCCAUGAUAAAUUCUCGAGGAAGGACCGAGACACUGUCUUCUCAGCCUGCACCUGAACAGUUAUGUGAUAUGUCCCUACAUGUAGACAACGAAGUGACAAUAAAUCAGACUACACUGAAGCUGAGCACAAGGAGCCCUAUGGAAGAAGAGGAGGAGGAAGAGGAGGAGGAAGAGGAGGAGGAAGAAUCUGAUUCGUAAAGGGGGAUCAAGGGCAGGGUAGUUAUACAAACUAAGUCUUGGGUGCUUCAUCUCUUCAAAGUCAUCUUGCAGGGCCUAUGUGAAAGAUAAACUUAUGAAUGGAAGAGGCUCAGCCCAUAAAGUAUCUAUAUUCAAAUAUGAAGAGCUGAGUUUGGAGCCCCAGAAUCUGUGUAAAAACAUAGAGUGUCACAUGCCUGUAACCCCAGCACUGGGGAUAGGAAGAACAACAGAUCCCAGAAGCACACUGGCCAGCCUGUCUAGCCAAACCAGUGAGUUCUGAUUCACUCAGAGACCUGUCUGAAGAGAACAGUUAUAAUGGCAUAGAGGCCCAGCACAUCUCAAUCCCAGCACACAAGAAAAGGGAUUAAAUAGCAAGCUGCAAAAAUAAAAAUUUUGUUUUGAUUUUUUUCUGCUACAAUA